CUUGUUGUAGUCAAAGGGGGUGUUGAUGUAGAUAUCGGUGCAAAUCCUUCAGCCGAAGAGCAAGAUGAGGCACUUGAUGAAUCUUCAACUCAAGUUAAUAAUGUUGUUAAUGCCUUCCGUCUUCAAGAAACCUCGUUCGAUAAGUCGUCCUAUCAAUCUUAUCUUAAAGGAUAUGUGAAAAAACUUGCUGAACACGUUAAAAAAGAACAACCUGACAGAGACAUAAAUGAAUGGAAAUCGAAAAUUCAGAGUUUUUCAAAAAAAGUCCUCAAUUACCAAUUUUUUACUGGUGAAAGUUUUAAUUUGGAUGGCAUGAUUGGAUUACUGAAUUAUCGCGAAGAUGGAGUUACACCUUACCUCUCAUUCUUUAAAGAUGGUCUGAAGGAAGUAAAAGUG